AUGAAUACCCUCGUGCAGCCUCCAUUUCCUCAGUGCGACGCUGCACUUUCGCUGCACAACCUCCUCCAUCACGGCAUCUUACCAUCUCCACGACCUGCUCGAGGAAGACGCUGCGCGAGCUUCACGUCCACCGCUUCUCGCUGCGUGCGCGAAUCUCUAUUUUCGCAAACUUGCGACAUAUCUACUUCGGAAUCGCGUUUCUCCGUUGAAGAUUUCGUUGAAGGUCGCGACUCUCCGUCAGAUCGCGACUUGACAUUGACAUUGCGAUCGAGCAACAUCGCCUCACCUCCUAUUCGCGGGAAAGCCAACUCGAUGGUUAACGCGGAUGUGACGUUCCGCUUCAGUCAACUGCCUCUAAACAACGUCGCUGCCACUGCUCCAGUCAAUGCGGAUGUGCGCCAGUCAACACGGAUGUCGCUCCGCUUUAGUCAACGCUCGUACUGUCGCAUCAGUGGACGACCCGGCUGCUCCACACCACACGUUAUCGAUGAUUUCGAUGCUUGCGCGGACCUCCCUCCUGCUUGCGCGGACGAUGCUGCUGCCUUCGCGGACGUCCGUGAUGCCUGCGCGGACGACAUUGCUGCCUGCGCGGACGACAUUGCUGCCUGCGCGGACGACAUUGCUGCCUGCGCGGACGACAUUGCUGCCUUCGCGGACGACAUUGCUGCCUGCGCGGACGACAUUGCUGCCUGCGCGGACGACAUUGCUGCCUGCGCGGACGACAUUGCUGCCUGCGCGGACGACAUCGCUGCCUGCGCGGACGACAUUGCUGCCUUCACAGAUGACAAUCCCUCCGCUUCCACUCAUGCUACGCACAUCCACCCUUGCUGCUCCCAUGCUUCUCCUGCUGUCCCUCCAGUAACAUUUACUCACCCCCCCACUCCCACCUUCUCCUCCCCAUUCCCUUCAGCCUCCGUGUCUGCUGCCUUCGCGAUCGUCCCUGGUACCUUGGCGAUCGUCCCUGGUACCUUCGCGAGCGUCCCUGGUGCCUUCGCGAGCGUCCCUGGUGCCUUCGCGAGCGUCCCUGGUGCCUUCGCGAUCGUCCCUGGUGCCUUCGCGAGCGUCCCUGGUGCCUUCGCGAUCGUCCCUGGUGCCUUCGCGAGCGUCCCUGGUGCCUUCGCGAGCGUCUCUGGUGCCUUCGCGAACGUCAGAGAAAGAUGA